UCAGGUGUGUCCUUCGCUCAGUCUGGAAGAAAAGUGUCAGAGCUCAGAGGUCGCGCGCAUUGCUGCUUCUCAGGCGGUUCCGUGGACUGAAGGGAGUUUUUUGAGCGGGAUUACUUUACAGGGGUAUGGCUGGAGCUGGAGCUGCGCUGCGCGGUCUGUUUGCGCUGCUGGUUUGCGCCGUGCUCGUCUGCGCGGCGCAGAAAGCUGGAGGCGCCACCACCACAAGGCCACCAGUUAAACAAGGACGAGGUUUCGUUGGAAUUAAGGAUGUUGAGUCAAACACCGUCUACAUUGAUGAAGUCACCGCAAACACCUUAAAGAGCAGCUUGACCACUGUCUUCCUGCCUCUCGUCUACAUCUUUGUGUUUGCCGUUGGGUUGCCCACCAAUGGCAUGGCCAUAUGGGUCUUGGUCUUCAGGUCCAAGAAAAUCCACCCGGCAGCGAUUUACAUGGCUAACCUGGCACUGGCCGACCUGCUGUUCAUCAUCUGGAUCCCACUGAAGAUCGCCUACCACUUCAACGGCAACAACUGGACCUUUGGGGAGGGGAUGUGCAAAGUUCUGGUGGGCUUCUUCUACGGGAACAUGUACUGUUCCAUCCUUUUCAUAGCGUGUUUGAGCGUCCAGAGGUACUGGGUGGUGGCUCAUCCCCUUACCCAGCAGAGGACAGACAACAGACUGGCCAUUGUCAUGUCCUUGUUAAUUUGGGCCUUUAUUUGGAUCAGUAGCACGCCGCUGUACCUGUACCAGCAGACGGCCCAACUCGCUGACCCGAACAUCACCACCUGCCACGACGUCAACGUCAUCAACCGGAAGAACUUCCAGGCGCAGAAAAUGUUUCUGGACGUACAGAAGCCCUACUACUACUUCAUGGUGAUGGCAGGGUUGGCGUUCUUCGUGCCAUGCGUGAUCAUCAUAGUCGCAUAUGUCUUGAUGCUCCGCAAACUGGGGAACUCCGACAUGGAGGGAAGUAGCGCUGGCAAGACCCGUAAGAAAGCGAUAAUCCUCAUCAUUACGGUUCUCGUCACUUUCCUGGUGUGCUUCAUUCCCAGUAACCUGAUGUUGGUGAUACAUUACGCUCUGCUGGGGUAUGGAUUCUCCAACAAUGGAUACGCCUUCUACAUCACCGCGCUUUGUCUGGCCAGCCUCAACAGCUGUCUGGACCCGUUCAUCUACUACUAUGUGUCGGAGGAGUUCCGGGAGCACGUGAAGAACACACUCCUUUGCCGUAGCAGCCGGACUGUAGAGAGGAUGAGGGUUUCCUUCAGCUCCAUGAAGUACUCCAAGAGGAGCCACAUCUACACGUCCAGCAGUGGCCACACAGAUACCAGCACAUGCUGAGUGCACACCUAGCGCACCUGUAGUGACAAAGACACUUGAAAUAAGCAAGCCGGACCUUACAGAGGGUGCAGUUGAAUAACCGUGAUGCUCUGAGAUCUUAUUGGGAAUAUUAUCAACCCUUGGUCCGUCCGCUCUCAGGGAAAAAAAAACUCAGAUUGGUUGGGUCAAAGGAGUGCUGUGUUGUAUGAACGCUUGUAUGCCUGUACUGGAAAUGGAAGUUUUGUGUCAAAAGUUCUGGACUAUUUCAGACUGUACUGAACUCUGUUCAAUCCUUAAAGCUGUUGGAGAACAGGAAAUCUGCAAUGGCAAAUCUGGAAACAAAGUGGCACGACUUUCCAAGGCAUAAUGCACUGAGAAUUUCUGUUACAACCUGAAAUUUUGAAAGAUUUUAUAUAAUUCAGUGGCUGAGAUGUAAAUUCUCAGGGUGGUUUGGUGUGAAAUGGUUGAUUAUAGAGACUCAGAUGUCUUUACAGGGGUGGGGAUAGGAACCAGAGGUUACCAUGUCCACAACACAAAUAUAGCCACUGUAUAUGCUAUCCAAAACCACCAGUGAACCUACAGGGACUAUUUUGCCUCAUGACGACCUACAUGUAUCCCUCCACCAUGGCGCUACUGUUUUGCAUUUUCUUCAGAGAAGUCUGUGAAUAUGUUAUGUUACUAAUGGACUGAACAGAUCAUUUGGUUUGUUCGUUCACACCGUGGUGGACGUGUCCUAGUACUUGACCAUUAGUAUCAGCUACGUGACACACCUCAGUUUUAUAGUUCUUUCUGUUCAGGUCUGUUUAUAGCCUCUGUGGUAAUUUGUGCCAAAUUCUGUCUUGCAUAUGACCCACUUUCCAUAGCGUCCUUUACGACCACAGUGUGGUUUGUAACGUGCCAGAGUUUAUUCUCUUAUAAAGUUGGGGUUAUUUAAGAGAACAGCUGAAUUGUCAAUCAGAUAAUACUUUUUUUAUGACUUUAUGGGCCCAGAUCUUAUAUUUAUUCAUUAUUCAUUUUUAGCACCACUUUCUUACCUCUCUUACAACUGAUAUGUAAAUAAGCUCUGUUUUGAUUGGCUGUCCUAUGUUGUGCUGUCAUCUGGGCAGAAACACUCCUAACUUCAGCAUGUUGUUAUUAAUGAUACAUCACACAAAUAAUGAAUUCAAAGGCUGUUUAACAAAGAAAAUGAGGUUUUCCAUGAUAUGGGCCCACAUCACAUCACCUGCUCAUGUAUAAAAUAUGUACAUAUCUGUGUAAUUUCAAAAGCUUAUUUGUCUUGAAUGAAUCAUUAUUAUUUUUCAGCUAAAUAUUGACUUUCUUUCAUUGAGUGUCAUCUAUCCUGAAAGCCAAAACUGGACUGAACCAGAGCGCUUGAGAAACUGUGCUACUGAAACUGUGGAUUGUUUCCAUUCCUUUCAUAAUGAGGCAUGAUGACACAACCAGUGGAAGCUACAGUCAUCAUGACCUCACCAGAUGACUUACCGGCUUGUUAAUGUGACACGAGCUGUGAAACCUGUCUAAUAAACAAACUAUCAUUCUUUAAA